AUGCUCUUCCCAUCCCCUCAAAAUGAGAAGAAGAAGACUGUCGUGCUCGCCGGCGCCGGCCUCUCCACCGCAGCCGGCAUCCCCGACUCCCGCACGCCGGGAGCGGGCCUCUACGUCUCGCUCCUCUCGUCCCCCUCUGCACCCGGAUCAGAGCUGCCGUUCCCGGAAGCCCAGUUCGAGCUGUCUUUCUUCAGGAUGAACCCUCACCGUUCUACGCGCGUGCGCGAGCGCUGUUUCCCGAUCUCGUUGAUUCGGGGUCCAGGUCCAGGGAAGCCGAGGAUCGCGCUCCUCGCCAUGUUGUGGCGGGAGGGCUUCCUAGGGAACGGGGCGCUGCAGUAUGUGGAUGGGCUGGAGGCGCAGGCGGGGAUUCUUGAGCGCAUGUUCGUGCAGGCGCAUGGUGGAUUCGAUCAGCCGGCACUGUGCGAGCUUCCCGUCUGA